UGAUGCCAAAUUUUCUCUUUCCGGAGGGCACAUAAAUUUUGCAAUGCGUGUUGUCAGAUGCGAUUGUUUGUGCCCUGAUCAAUGUGCUGUGUAUCCUUAACUCUCGUGCCCCCUCUAGUCAAGAUAUUUUUGUUGGGCUACCCUUGAGAGAUUUCUGAUGUGUGCAUCAGCACUGGUUCAUCCUGAACAGCAGACGCCUGUUCCGUCAGUGACAUUUUCGGUCUCUGCUGCUGUGACGAUUGAGGUGAAACCGGGACACAUCUCUAGGACUAGAACAGUCUUGAUAGUUGCAGUUUUACUUCACCCCAAAAAACGGAACAGUUUUUCAAAUUAUUUGGUGACUACAAUAUAGAUAGAAGCAUCGCUUUUAAAUUACCGUUGUUAUGUUCAUUGGCCUUGUAAUAUGGACGUUAGUCAUCAGCUCGUUUGCCAUUUACCUGUUGAUUAAGAAUAGCUUUAUAGUCUUAGGCAAUGGAGUUUUAUAUGAUCGAAAAGUUUAAGUGCUUGCUGAAAGAUGGCCAUUGGCCUGUCAGCCCUGAAGGCAUUCUCAUAUCAUUGGAUGAUAGUGAAGAUUCCUUUGAUUCGGCAGCUGAAGAAGAAGAUGAAGAAUAUUUAAAUGGUAUUUUCUGCUCGCAUUCUUCUCUUAAAACUCAUAUACAUACCAAUGGAUGCCCUCAAGCACAUUUUAAACAAAUUUUAAUGAAAGAGAUGCAUGAACGUGAUAAAUAUGCUCAACAAUCAGCUCAAAAUGCUGCGGAACUGUUACAAGAAGAAGAAGAUGAAAAAUUGAAAGUUGAACGGAGAAAAGAAAGGAAAAGAAGGAAGAAAGAACGGAAAAAGGCUGAAAAAGAAGCCAACCACAGUGGCAAAAGUACUGAGAAUGGGGAUCUUAAAAAUGGAAACUUAAAUAAUAUUCAUGAGGGUAUUAAGAAUCAUGAUAAAAAUAAGAAGGAUACAAAUAGUACUCCUGAAGAUGACAGAAGUGAUCAAGAUGAUAAUGAUGGCUUCCUUGAUGUUAAUUCUGCCUUUGUUACCAAAGUUGUCAAACAUAAACUUAAAAGUAAUGGUAAUAAUAAUGUCCAUAGCAGAGGUAGUUCUACUAAUAUGUUGAACUCUGCUCAUUUUGUUAGCCCCACAAAGCAGUCUUCCAAUGGCACAAGAAUAGUUCCCAUUCCUGAGAAAAAUAUACAUCUAGGUGAACGGCUGGCUGUUGCUGGCUAUCAGUGUGCCAGCAAAGAAAAUUAUGAGCAGGCCAUUGAGCUGUUCACACGAGCUCUUCGCAAUGUUCCUAAUGAUCAUCGUUAUUGGGGCAACCGUAGUUUUUGUUAUUUCCAAAUUGGAGCUUAUCAACAAGCUCUUGAGGAUGCAGAAUGUGCUAUUCAACUAGCUCCCAACAGUCCGAAAGGACACUAUCGAAGGGCUGAGGCUCUGGCAGGACUAAAGGAUUUAGUCACUGCUGAAAAGUCAUUUGAAAAAGUUUUGGAGUUGGAUGUUGAAUGCAAAGAUGCUAUGGAUGAAUUGUUAAACAUACGCAUGUUACGCCUCACGGAAAUGGGAUUUAGUAGGAAACAAGCUUUUGCUGCUUUAAAAAAACAUACAACGCUAGAAGCUGCUGUAGAAGCAUUAAUGUGUAAUGAAAAUUUGAAUAUUGACCUUGAGGAAGAGGAAGAUGAAAAAAAUAUGGUGUAUCAGUCAGAUGAAGAUAUUAAUUGGGACAAUAUUGGUGUUGAUGAUCCUAUUGAUACUGACGGAAACAAUUCCUAUUAUCAGCAUAUCACACACACUCAAAACAUGCAAUAUAGUCAAAACUCAACCCAAGAUCCAGAUCACAAUAUUGAGGACGAUAUUGAUAAUAUAAACAGAAUAUCUAAAAAGCAAGCAGCAAUGGAUCCUUCUAACCCUAAUCGUUGUGUUUCAAUUUGGGUGGGCAACAUUGAAGACAGCAUUGCAGAGAAAACUUUGAAUGAUGAAUUUUCUAGAUUUGGAGAAAUUCUUAGUAUACGUAUGUUACCAUCAAGUCAUUGUGCAUUUAUCAAUUUCAAAGAUAGCAGAGCCCCUGGGCCUGCUAUGGCUGCCAUGCAGGGUAAAGAACUUGGGGGAAGUAAGUUAAUAAUUCGUUAUCCUAAUAAGACCAAAGAAGAGCAGCAUAUCCAUCAACAGAUGUUAUGUCAUCAGAAACGUUUGCAAUCUGUCAUAAGUGAUAGUGAAUUAGAUUCUGCUGGUGCAUCCGGAGGAUCGCCACAAUUACCAAUUGCAAAUACUAAAACAACUUUUGUACCAACUGCCAAAGGGACUCGUAUUAAAUUGAAAGGACCUGUCAAUGGUGAUGAAUGUUACUACUGGAGAACAACGGGCUGUGCUUUUGGUGAAAACUGCCGAAAUAAACACAUUAAAGAAAAUCGUGGUGUAGACCGUAAGCCAUGGCAUAAGUAAAUUAUUCAAAAGUAAUUUAUUCUUUGUCUAUGACUUGUCCAUGUACUGAUUGUAGCACUUUGUCUGGAUUUGUGUCCUGUUGAUGUUAUUGUGAUAAGAAGGCAUGAGUGCCAAGUUAAUGUAGUUACAUCUAAGCCUUAGAUGACUCAAUGUUGAUCUUAGAAUUUUAUUCUGCUUUGCUGGCAGUAAAAGAAAUCAAACCUCUUUUUUGACUUCAACACGUGAUAGUUUCAGUUCUAUGUGAGUGAAAAUCCCUUUCAGUUAUAACUUCAUAAAAACAGUAGGAAUUUUUAUUUUUUUUAAAUUAUAAGCAUUUGGCCUUUAUGUCCAGUAAGAAAUUGUUAAAAAAUGACCAUGUAUUAUCCUCAUAAUUUGAAUUUAUUCAUCAUAUUUGGAGAAAGAAAUUGGUAUGUUUAAUCUUGGGUGAGCAUGAAAGGAGGUGUUCAAAAUGACAAACUUAAGGGUAAUUUAUGAAUCAAUUACUUCAGGAUUGAUAGGCUUGACUUUUGUUUUGUGGAAAACAGACUUUAAACUUACCUCCUGAAAAAGUUCAGUUCUUCUUUUGGCUCCUUCUAUUUUUAAAUGAAGGACGUUGUUGACAACACUUAUUGGCUUCAGAGACUGAUGGAAAAUAAUCAAGUUUUGUUGUAGAGAAGCUCGUUUUUGCUAUUGUAAAACAGUCAUGCUUUCACGGUACUUAUGUUUGAGGAUCAGUCUACACUUCUCUAAAACUCUAUUACUGUUGAAACAUGAAACUUUUGUGUACUUGCCUUUCAAGGAACACUUCAUCUUUUUGGCCUAUCAGAUCUAGUAAUUGGUUUACAUAAUUGGUCACAAAGAAACAUUUUAGUCACAGGAACUUAGAUGCAGGUCUAAAUGAGCCUAUUACACUGUAUCUUUACAUUACAUUUUCCUAUAUUCUUAACGGUCCUGUUGUGUUUUCUUGUCCAUAUCGUAACAAAUGUCACAUUUCCUAUGAUAUACAUAAUAUGAUAGUCUGUUUGCUUAAAUGUUCCCACAUUCAUAUUUGUUGUUGUUUUGUUGUUGUUUUGAAUCAGAGCUUUUAUCAAUCAAUAUUUAUUAUCUAAUCUUAAUGAGAAUACAAAGUGCUACAUUAAAGGGCAUUUUUCUUUCAAUCGGUAGACUUGCAUCUGGUCCUAAGCUCAUAUUUUCUUUUGUUGCCCUGGUACAUACCGAAGUGUCUCAAUCUGGUCUGUGAUAUUUUUUGUACUACAUACUAUUGGAGCAUCCAAACAAUAAAUUGUAGUAUUUUAAGAGUCUGCAGUUGGAUGCCUUUAUCUUUGUAAUUCUUAAUGAGUAAAAACAAUCACAGAGUCAGAAUUAAAUUAAUCUCUAAUCUAUAUGAGAAACUUUUUAUAAGGUUUUUAGUACGACCCAAAAACUAGUAAUGUAUCAUUUUUCUCUCUUUUUUCUGACACCUGUCAAUUAUGUCUUAAGAUUGCUUCUCAAGUCUAUUUAAAUUGUUGUAAUAGACAAUUUGUCGUGGUCCAGGGGAAUGGUAUAAAGAGGAGACUGUUGCGAAGGAUAGGGACUUCACUAUCCUUCUAGCAAACUAGAGGUGCUUAUGUUUUCUUUGACAUACUCUUCUUGUAACUGGCUACCCUCAACAAAAUCUCUGCAGACAUGUCAGUCAGGCACACCUAUUAUAUCCUAUUGUCAUUCUCAAAAUUAGUUAUAAAAUUGUAGUUCUUACUAAUCUCAGUUUUUUUAAUGUGGUGGGUUGAACCCAUGGAGGUGUUUUCAAAAGGUGGAUGUGCUUUGUUCACCUACUAAUUUGUGUGAUAACUUUGUUAACCUAUUAUACCUUACUCUCUGUUCCUGUGCUGUCAUCUAUUUUACAGAAUAUUUAACGCUUAGGUCCUUUUGAAGAUGUACUAGCUUGCCUUGUACUAAGCAAGCAUUGGAAUGUAAAAAAGAACAAUAUUACGUAUUAGUCACAUCAUCUCAUGUUGUUGUUUUUUUUUGUCUCUUUUUCAAUAAAUUCCCCAAUUGAAACCA